UCUCACAGUCUGUGCACCGUCCCAGCAGCACAUCUGCCCCGCGUACACAUCUGCGCCGCGCGCACAUCUGCCCUGCUGCUGCUGUUGCUGCUGCUGCACAUCUGCAGAGCCGCUUCACCGCGCGCUUCCCUCGCAUACAAAAGAGAAGAAAAUGUGAAUCCUCUACUUCGCAGCGAAGGCUGAUAUCACAGCGUACUUCUGAGGCCUCCGGAGUGGAGCGACUUCUUAAACAUGGAGCUUUUGGUUUGGCAGAUCAGCACGGUUCUCACACUGGUGUCCUCUGGGAUUCAGGGGGUAUUGAGCGAGUCCCAGAGUGCUUACUUCCUGCCUGAAUUCGCACUGUCUCCACAAGGAAGCUUCCUGGAGGACACAACAGGAGAGCAGUACCUCACUUACCGCUAUGACGAUCAGUCAUCGAGAACCACACGCUCAGAUGAGGAGAGGGACACAGGGUGGGAUGCCUGGGGAACCUGGAGUGACUGCUCGCGCACCUGUGGGGGCGGAGCCUCCUAUUCUCUCCGCCGGUGUCUGAAUGGAGGGAAUUGUGAGGGGAGGAACAUCCGUUACAGAACGUGCAGCAACACAGACUGCCCUGCCGAGUCAGGUGACUUCAGAGCUCAGCAGUGCUCUGCCCACAAUGACAUCAAAUACCAGGGACAGACAUACGAGUGGAUUCCGGUCAGUUAUGACCCUGUCUCGCCGUGCGCUCUGAGGUGCCAGGCCCGGGGCAAAACUCUGGCAGUGGAACUCGCGCCAAAAGUGCUGGACGGCACUCGAUGCAAAGCAGACUCGCUGGACAUGUGCAUUAAUGGCAUUUGCCAGGAGGUGGGCUGUGACAGACAGCUGGGCAGCAAUGCUAAGGAGGAUAACUGCGGAGUCUGUGCAGGGGACGGCUCCACCUGUCGGCUCGUCCGAGGCCAGGCACUGCCCCAUGUUUCUCCAGAUGAACCGGUGAAGACAGUGAUUGAAGUUCAGCUGGGCAGCCGCAGCCUGCGACUAACAGCCAAGGGGCCCGAUAUGAUAGUGAUUGAAGCCCACUCACCUGGUGGACGGAGAGAGGAAUUAGCCUUCACAUCCACAGGCUCAUACACCCUGGCUAACAACACUGUGGACUACCAGAAAGGAAGCGAGAGACAAACUCUGCGCUGUCACGGGCCUCUGUCUGCAGACUUCACCAUCAAGCUGAAGUAUGCUGCUCCCAAAGACACGGUGAUGCAGUUCAUGUUCUACCAGCCCAUCCGCUACCAGUGGAGAGAGACGGACUUCUUCCCCUGCUCCGUUACCUGUGGAGGAGGCUACCAGCUGAACUCGGCCAACUGCAUGGACAUCCGCUACAACAAGACCGUCCCGGACCACCACUGCCACAGCUACCCGGAGAACAACAAGCCGAAGCCCAAGCUGAAAGAGUGCAACAUGGACCCCUGCCUCGAAAGUGACGGCUUCAAGGAGGUGAUGCCUUACGAUCAUUUCCAGCCUCUUCCACGGUGGGAGCAGAACCCCUGGACGUCGUGCUCGGUGUCGUGCGGCGGGGGCUCUCAGGAGCGCUCGGUAGUGUGUGUGGAGGAGGACAUGCAGGGGCAGCUCGUUCAGGUGGAGGAAUGGAAAUGCACACACUCCCCUCGGCCCACCAACAAACAAGCCUGCAACAACUUCCCCUGUCCUAAAUGGGUCGCAAUGGAGUGGUCUCAGUGCACAGUGACUUGUGGGCGAGGCUUGCGGUACCGUGUGGUUCUCUGCAUUGACCACAAUGGGCAGCACACUGGUGGCUGCAGCUCCAACCUCAAACCCCACAUUAAAGAGGACUGUCUGGUACCCAUCGCGUGCCACAAACCCAGAGAGAGCGUACCUGUAGAGGCCAAACUCCCUUGGCUAAAACAAGCACAAGAGCUGGAGGAGACCAAAGUGGCCACAGAGGACCCGACGUGA